UGCUCGAGGGGUGCAGUCAGCAGUGGACAUGUAACGCCGAGUGCGGCACCACCACGUGUGCGCUCCAGCCAGCAGCAGCAACCCCCAUGCGAUCCAACAGCCCUGCGAACGGAUCCACCACCUCGCCGCCGCCGCCGUCUGCCCAUCCUUGUCAUCCUAGAAGUCCACCACGUAGUCACCGGCACCAUGAGUCCGUUCCUGAAAAUGAUGCAGCUCUUCCUAAUGAUGACGGCCACCGUACUGGGCAUGCUGAUGCUCCUGCUGGUGACGCCAGACAUUGAGGACUCGAUGCUCAGGGCAGUCCGCAGGUACAACCGCCGAAUCCACACGGACCCAGUUGUUCAACCGGUUCGUGAGUCUGCGGAAGCAGUCGUGGACAAGGUGGACGGCAUGCCGGUGGAACCUGCCGAGGCCACGGCCGUUUUGAAGGACCAGGAGAUGCUGAGGAAGGCGCAGUCAGGGCUCAAGCUAGACGUGCACCGGCGCACUUUCAUCCCAUGGCCUAACUCGGUCGAGUGCGGCCACUACGGCGUCCACUUUGUGGAGAAAAAGUCACUGCCCAUGGCGGCUCUGGUCUCGUUCCCCGGAAGUGGAAACACAUGGGUUAGAUAUCUGAUGGAGACCUCGUCAGGCGUGUUCACUGGCAGCGUUUACACCGACCGACAAAUUCUCACAAGAGGAUUCUACGGUGAGGUGAUGCCUCCAGACUGCGGGUGCACAUCCGUUCAGAAGACGCAUGGCUUCGCUUUGGCAGGAAUGGUGCCACCGACCGCCGAGCAGAAACGAGCUGAACUGACCCUGUUCAAGGGCAGGGGUGUGCUUUUGCUACGCAACCCCUACGAAGCGAUUAUUUCGUACCGAAACUACCUGUACGGCGGACACACCGGUUUCGCACCCUACGACAGCUUUCGAGGCCCAGAGUGGGAACAGUUUGCAAUACGUUUGACUGAGAUCUGGCGCGAGCUGGCGGCCACGUGGAUUGUCUACUCGCGCGAUGCCAUGGUUCUGCACUACGAACUCAUGAAGAACGAGCCGAUCACACAUCUGAAAGGGAUCCUGCACUUCCUUAAGUUUCCGGUCGACAACCAGCGACUUAUGUGCGUUGUCAGCCACAUUGACGGACCCUUCCGUCGACCCAGCACGCAGCAGCUCAUGUUUGAAAUCAAGGACCCUUACCCGGAUAAGGUGCACCAUGUGCUGGACGCGGCCAUCGACCAGGUGAACGCGCUGCUGCGGCAGAAGGGCUGGCAGCAGAUGCCGACCCACCUUUACAAGUUCUACCGACGCGUCGGAGGCGGCAGCAACGUGACUACCGCCCCCAACAGCCCCAACGAGCCGCCCCCAGCCCUGUGAGAGGGAGGCGUCUCACUCGUUCUGUGAUCAAAAACCAACGGAAGAGAAUAAUCUGCUCUCUUCGACCCUAUCUGUUCGACAAGAUUGCUCCACAUCAGAGGGUUUUUAUUUGGAUUUGGACCUCUUUUACGGUUUAAAGUUGGAAUCAAGUUUUUUUUUAAAUUAAAUUGAAAAAAAAGAAAUCAGGGGCGGCAAUUUCUCCAAAAAUAAAAUCUAUCAUGAAAAAUUCAGGAAAGUUUUAGACUUUCAGAUCUUGUAUCAAAUGCAUCUAAGGGUAAAGGACUUAAGCGUGGUUUUAAUUUUUUAAUUGAUAUAAUUUCUCAACUCUACCCCCUCCUUUAUUCAGAAGUUUCUGCCCGUGGAUUAUUUCUACAUGAAAUUUUGUGUAUUUUCUGGAUAUUUUUCUUAGAUCUCUCUGUAUUAAAAUCGAGUAACAAUAUGUACAUAGAAAAUCAGUAAAUUUGUAAAUACGGAACACCUAGAAGUUAAUUUUUAGACAUUCUUCAUUAAAUUCAUUAGGUAAUACGAUUUUAAGUUCAAAUUAGACUGGCGUAAUUGUGUAGCAGGCCGAGGAAAAUUUUGUUGGCUUUGUCAAAUCUUGCAUCUCAAAAUGUCUUUCAAACCAAAAGGCUCAGUACGAGAGAAUUUUCUUCGGUUGGUUAAUUUUAGAACCAGCCUUUUUAGCAAAUAGACAGAUCAUGUAAAGCAGCAAAAAGGCACUUGUUUUCAAGCAGCGAAACCACUUUCGUGAUUGAUUUGCAGCUGUUGCGAUUCACACUAAGUGCCAUCAAGUGAAAAUAAACAAAUAAUAUCAAGACAAACAAGCAUAAACUAGGGAAGCCAUUGAAUUAAAAGAAAUAUGUUGAUUUUUGCACUCGAGGCCUUUACAAUCUCGCAUUAAAGUGCAUCUUCGAAUAAACGCAGCAUUGACAUUAAACGAGAAUAAUAAAAUAUAAAAUGGACUUUUAUAUAGAGACCGGCUCUAGUUUGUAAGUUAAAAAAGUGCUUUCAUGAAAAUGCAGUUGCUUAAAUUUGAAAUUGACGAUUUCGUACUGUUCACACAAGAAGCAACGUGUCUGCUAUAAUUCUGUAUAUAAAUGAGUCGAAAUAAAUUUACGAUUUGAGAAUAGAACAA